AGUUUUCUAUUUUUGAUUUUGGAUUAUAAUUUCUGUUUCCUUGCAAGGUUCCGUUUAAUAUCCUUUUCAGAGGCCUGCGUGACUCAUUGGUAAAUAAAAUGAAUUACAUGGCUAACUUUUUAAACGACAAACGUACGGUUGUUUGCUGAAGUAACAAUGGAUAUUUUACCUAUAAAUUCUAUUGUGAUUUUAAUUCUCCAUUCAUUGUUCAGCCUUGCAUGUCAAAAGUAAGUAUUCAUACAGAUGUUCAGGUGUUCUGUAUUAAAAAAGACUAUCUUCAUUUUUGGACUUCUUUCGAAUAUAUCAAUUUAUUUAAAUAUUUAUCUUUAUUUUAAUAGUGGCAAUGAAAAAGGAAUUUGCCCAUGCUCCGGAUAUUUUUACGACAAGGAUUUGAAGGCAUGUAAAGAGUGUCUGUCUGGAUAUAUGGGUCAGAAUUGUUCACGACCAUGUCGUUACCCUGGAUUUGGGAAACAAUGUCAGGAAGAAUGCUCUUGUAGAGCGGAGAACUGCGACUUUCGAAAUGGCUGUUUUAAUAACUCUGUUGUUAAUGCAACCAAUUUGAAGAAGAAAAACUUGUCAUCUUACUUCAAAAUAAGUAUCAUGGGAUCAAUAUUCAUUAUAACGACAAUAGUAAUAGCGAUAGCAUUUGUUUUCUUUCUGUUUUUGAUUUUGACAAGAAUUCUAAUACUCCAUCUAAAGAACAAAAAUACUCUAAGUGAACCAAAUGCUGCAGCUACUGUCCUUGUGGAAAAAGAUUGGUACAAUAUGGACGUCCAAUGUUCUUCAGAUUUACCCGCACAGAUUCUAACAAAGGUAGAUGGACGACCUUUCAUAGAAGACAUGCAUACAACUGACAAUAAAAUUGGAAAUUGCGGAGAGAGAAAUUCGGAGAAAAAGACAACCGAUGUUCUGGGAAACGAUUUCGAUAAUACAGACACAAGGGAUGGAGAUAAUGUGUAUAUGUUUACAUUUGCAUCUUUUGGAAGUGAGAUGAUGGGGAAUUCAGUUCACGCAUAUUCUACACUUCAGAACAGCUAAAUUUGCCCUUUUAUUUCUUAAACAACUUUUAUCAACAGUCAUGUAGCUUACUAUUCUUCCAAAAGAAAAAGAAUUGUAUGUUCAAAUCAUUUCACUGAUAGAUAAAUAGACGAGAUUUUUUCACUGCAAAAUAU